AUGAAUCCAUCAUCUCCCAUAUCGUUUGAUCUCAUCUUGGAGAUAUUAUCAAGAUUACCUUCAAAAUCAGUCGCCAGGUUUCGUUGCGUCUCGAAGCUAUGGGCAUCAAUGUUAGCUAGUACACAUUUCAAGGAGUUGUUCUUGACCAGAUCCUCGGCUAAGCCGCGCCUCUUAUUCGCCAUUGUAGAAAACGGCGACAAACCAGGCUCAUCAAGAGACGAACCAUGUGGUGGUUUAAAAUACGAAGCAUGUGGUGUGUGGAGCUUCUUCUCGUUGCCUCAGCUUGAGUAUCCAUAUGAGAAAUCGAAUCUUGUAGCAGCCGCUGAGUUUCAUGUGAAGUUCUCUCCAGACGAUCUUGUGAUCAAUCAUUCGACUAACCUAAAAUAUUGUUCAUGUGGCUACAACUCUGGCUUGAUCUAUAUCCAUGGUUAUAGAUAUCAAGCUAGACCUCUGAUAUGUAACCCCAUCACAGGACGGUAUGUUGUUACACCUAAACGGUAUACUUACAAAAAGGCGUAUAGCUUUUUCGGGUUUGACCCGAUUGACAAGAAAUACAAGGUAUUGUCCAUGGUUUAUCUAGGUGGUCCUGGUCGUCAUAAAAUUCUUACAUUUGAAGAUGGAGAUUUGAUAUGGAGACAUAUUAAAUGUCCCAUAAAACAUGAUGUUAGGAGUGAUGGGGUAUGCAUCAACGGGGUUUUGUAUUACUUAGGUGACAAGAAUCAUCGUAAUGAUUAUGUGAUUGUUUGCUUUGAUGUUAGGUCUGAAAAAUUCACCUUUAUCGACAUAGAAAGGUUUUGUCGAUUGAUAAACUACAAGGGAAAGUUAGCUGUGGUUUAUUGGAAGGAUGAUGUAGACAUUUAUGAGAGACAUCAUUUCGAUAUGGAUGUCUAUAGUUUUAUGGAGAAUAGUCUCGACGCUAAUCCCGUUAAUGAGUUACAUGUGUGGGUUUUAGAGGAUGUUGAGAAACAUGAAUGGUUGAAAUAUGUCUAUACGUUGACCAAUGAUGAAUUCUUCCGUCGUCGUCACGUUUCCUUUGUUGGAGCGACUGCUUCGGGUGACAUAGUGUUUUCAAUGCGUAAGUAUAUAUCUGAACAACCGUUUUAUGUUUUCUAUUUCAAUCCGGAAAGGACGACUCUCCAACGUGUUGAAAUCCAAGGUUUUGGUGAAGCGUUUAAGAAACGUUGUAGCGUUGUCACCUUUGUAAACCAUGUAGAAGAUCUUGGUGUUAACGAUUUAGAACUACUCAAGUCAGUCCAUCCUCCGUUGGUGGAUCCAUGUGAUGUAUCAGAAUCGGAUUCAGAUUAUGAUCCUUGGGGUUAG